UAUAGGCGUUGUAGAAGUAAGCUCGUCUUCGGUCGGUCGAAGUAUUAUAUCGUUGAUUGAUGACGGCUACUAAUGCAUUGAUUAAUCGAGAUUUGGAGCCGAUUCACCCCGUUUACGCCUCCUAAACUAGUGAUAGUGCGCGGUGUCGGGUCUUGUUUCUAAAGUGUAAAGAAAAGGCUUAAAACUGGUGUUCGACAAGUCACUUGGCAAUAUGCCUGCCGUAAGGGGAGAUGGAAUGCGAGGACUCGCAGUCUUCAUAUCGGAUAUAAGAAACUGUAAAAGUAAAGAAGCAGAAAUAAAAAGAAUCAAUAAGGAACUGGCAAACAUAAGAAGUAAGUUUAAAGGCGACAAAACUCUCGAUGGAUAUCAAAAAAAGAAGUAUGUCUGCAAACUGUUAUUCAUUUUCUUGUUGGGUCACGACAUCGACUUCGGACACAUGGAGGCGGUCAAUCUAUUGUCUUCCAACAAGUAUUCUGAAAAGCAGAUCGGAUAUCUGUUUAUCUCCGUGCUGGUCAACACCAACAGUGAUCUGAUCAAGCUCAUCAUUCAGAGCAUCAAGAACGACUUGCAGUCGCGCAACCCCAUCCAUGUCAACCUCGCCCUCCAGUGCAUCGCCAACAUCGGCAGUAAAGACAUGGCGGAAGCUUUCUGCACAGAGAUUCCUAAACUUCUUGUGUCCGGAGACACAAUGGAUGUUGUGAAACAGUCCGCUGCUCUCUGCCUACUCAGACUCUUCCGUAAGUCUCCUGAAAUCAUUCCUGGGGGUGAAUGGACCUCUAGAAUAAUUCACUUGCUAAAUGAUCCCCACAUGGGUGUUGUAACCGCAGCCACAUCUCUUAUAGAUGCUUUGGUAAAGAAAAAUCCAGAAGAAUAUAAAGGGUGUGUUACCCUGGCAGUGGCUAGGCUCAGCCGCAUUGUGACUGCCAGUUACACUGACCUACAAGACUACACUUAUUACUUUGUGCCUGCACCAUGGCUCUCUGUUAAACUUUUAAGAUUGUUACAAAACUACACACCACCUUCAGAGGAGCCUGGGGUUAGAGGUCGCCUUUCAGAAUGCCUAGAAACUAUCUUCAACAAGGCCCAGGAACCACCAAAGUCCAAAAAAGUCCAGCAUUCAAAUGCUAAGAAUGCUGUUCUAUUUGAAGCUAUCAGUCUCAUCAUUCACAAUGACAGUGAGCCUAACUUACUGGUGAGAGCAUGCAACCAGCUGGGACAGUUUCUCAGCAACCGUGAAACUAAUUUACGUUACCUGGCAUUGGAGUCCAUGUGCCAUCUUGCAACUUCCGAGUUUUCACAUGAGGCAGUAAAGAAACACCAAGAAGUUGUCAUUCUUUCAAUGAAGAUGGAAAAAGAUGUCUCAGUUAGGCAGCAGGCUGUUGAUUUACUGUAUGCUAUGUGUGACAAAACAAAUGCCGAAGAGAUUGUGCAAGAAAUGUUGGCAUACUUGGAGACUGCCGACUACUCCAUUAGGGAAGAGAUGGUACUGAAAGUUGCCAUAUUAGCAGAAAAGUAUGCAACUGAUUUUACUUGGUAUGUUGAUGUAAUUCUUAAUCUUAUAAGAAUUGCUGGAGACUAUGUAUCUGAAGAGGUAUGGUACAGAGUAAUUCAGAUUGUCAUCAACAGAGAGGAAGUUCAAGGCUAUGCAGCUAAGACCGUGUUUGAAGCCCUACAGGCACCCACAUGCCAUGAAAACAUGGUUAAAGUGGGAGGUUAUAUUCUAGGUGAAUUUGGUAAUCUGAUUGCUGGUGACACAAGGUCUUCACCUUUGGUCCAAUUUGAAUUGCUCCACUCUAAAUAUCAUCUGUGUUCUGCUGCAACUAGAGCUCUAUUACUUUCUACGUACAUCAAACUUGUCAACCUGUUCCCAGAGAUCAAAAAUCGUGUCCAAGAAGUAUUCAGAGCUGACUCCAACCUACGGUCUGCAGAUGUUGAGCUACAGCAACGAGCAUCUGAAUAUUUGCAGCUGAGUAUAGUGGCCAGUUCAGAUGUAUUGGCUACAGUAUUGGAAGAAAUGCCUGCAUUCCCUGAAAGGGAAUCCUCUAUCUUAGCAGUACUCAAAAAGAAAAAGCCAGGCCGUAUUCCUGAUACUUCUGAUAUGAGAGAAUCUAAGAGCCCUCAACCUACAUCAGCAGCUGCACCAGCUGUCAACUCCUCAAACAACACUAAUGCAUCAAGUGCGGAUCUCUUGGGAUUGUCCACACCACCCGGUUCAGCUGCCCCCACUGCAGGCAAUGGAUUGCUUGAUGUCCUUGGAGAUCUCUACACCACUCCUAAAAUUAGUCCAAGCAAUGCUGCACAAAAUAAUAUCAAAAAGUUCUUAUUUAAAAAUAAUGGUGUUCUUUUUGAGAAUGAAUUGAUUCAAAUUGGAGUCAAGAGUGAAUUUAGACAGAAUCUAGGCAGAAUUGGCCUGUUUUAUGGUAACAAGACACAAUUUCCAAUUCAGAGUGUCAACCCUGAACUGCACUGGACUGAUAUGCAUAAAUUAAAUGUUCAGAUGAAGCCUAUGGAACCAGUUUUGGAGGCAGGAGCUCAGAUCCAACAAAUGUUAACUGCAGAGUGCAUCGAAGACUAUCUGGACACUCCAAGCAUGUCUGUUUCCUUUAUUUACAACAAUGUGCCACAAAAAAUUACAAUGAAGCUUCCUUUGACAUUGAACAAAUUCUUUGAACCUACUGAGAUGAAUGGUGAAUCUUUCUUCGCAAGGUGGAAGAAUUUGGGAGCAGAACAGCAAAGGGCACAAAAAAUCUUUAAAGCUCAAGGGGCCAUAGAUAUUGCAGCUACUCGCACCAAACUGGCUGGCUUUGGGAUGCAACUGCUGGAUGGUAUUGACCCCAACCCUGAUAAUUUUGUAUGUGCUGGCAUUGUGCAUACCAGAGUCCAACAAGUAGGAUGUCUUAUGAGAUUGGAACCUAAUAAACAAGCUCAAAUGUUCAGACUUACAGUAAGAUCUAGUAAGGAGACAGUCUCACAAGAAAUUUGCGACUUACUUGCAGACCAGUUUUAAUGAUAAAUAAUAUAAAUUAACGAAUAUGAACAACAUUGUUAUUAGCAAUGUUAAUUGCUGUUAGGUUCACAGUUGCAGAAAAUUCACAAGUGCUGUAUGUUAUAUGAAGCAUGUUAAAAAGUCACUUGUGAACAUUGCACUGAUUCAGUAGGAAUUUGUAAUAUCUCACAUACAAUUUUGAGAUGACUUUUACUUACUAACCGACAAGAUAGGCUUUGUGGUUUGAAAGAGCAAAAAAAAUUGUUUGAGUUAACUCAUACACUAUAGGAAUCAUAUUUUCGAGUAGUCCAUUACUAUAGUUCUAUAUAUUAUAUGUAACUUCAACGUUCUUUCUUGUAGAUCAGAUUCCAUUGAUAGAUAAAUAAUAUAGUAUAGUAGCAUUUGAUGGGCUAUUGUAUUAUUUAAUUUAUGAAAUUAAGUAAAACUUACUGACAAGUAAGUUUAGACUUAAAUUGAAUAUAUUUUUAUUUAGACCAUAAUAGAUUUUUGGAUUUUUUAUGUUUCUCUGUAUAAUUCAUUUGUGGUACAGUGCAUAAUUAAUAAUUAUAAUCAUUUAUUUGUAAAUAGAUUUUUUUAUAAGGUGUGCCCAAAUUUCGGCUAAGUGUUGGAUGUACAUUUGUUUUUCAUAUUAAUUGAAAAUAAUGUAUUGUAUUACUAUUUAAUCUAAAUUCAGGUGUAAUGAACUAUGAUAAAAUGUAUAACAUGAUCAUACCAAAGUUAAAUGUUUUGGCUGUUAUGUGGCAUGAUAAUUCAUAUGUAACCAUCCUGUUGGUUUAUCUAAAGUAUUUGCCACAUGAAUAUAAAUUCUGGGUGUGAUCUGUUAGCCUAUUAACAUUAACACAAACAGACACAAUUAAGUAGUAUUUAUGUUUUAUACAUAUUUGUGUAUUUAUAAUUUCGGAAAAACUAUCCAUUUGGGUGGUACUUAUUUUGUAGAAUUAUAAAGGAAAAAUGAACUAUUUUUCGUAAGGGAGCGUGUAAUUGUAUUACCUAUUUGACAUUACGGUUUUCAAAUAAUUUUUAUUAGGGUUUUACGUGGCCUAACUGGAAUUUAUUUUAUUCCUUAGCGGUUUUUAUUCGUUAUACUUGAAAAAAUUUAACAUCAUCACAAAAGUUUUUUUAACGUCAUAUAUAAUACAUAGGUACCUAAGUACCAUGAUGUCCAUGAUACGCCUUUUAGGUAAAAAAGAACAAAUACUUUUUCUACGAGUAAUAUACUGUAGGGUUUUAUUUUCUAAUCAAAAAAUGUAUAUAAACAGUCUGCUAUGUUUUUAAUAUCAAGUAAGACAAUAAGGGGAUGCCCGACGAAAAACAACAAAAUUAAGGACCACCCAUUUGUACAAGUAGCACAUGGACUUUGUUGAUGAAUAAUUUAGGUUUUUUAUUUACUUAUAAUGUUCCUGUUAAUUGUUAAAGUAACGUAUCCUUACCAGAGAUUUAUUUUGGAAUCAUUACGAUUCAGACGUCUUUUAAUAUUGAUAGAAUAUAUUUGGUUAAGUAUCGAAACAUUUUUGUUAUCAUGUGUUAUUCAUACAUUCCUCAUAUCAUAUCUAUUUGGUUAAUAUAAUAAACCAAAAACUAUUAGUGACUAAAAAUAUAUAUGUAUGCAAUUUAUUCGGACCUAUAGCUAUGUGAACGGAAAUAUACAUAUUUGUAUGUAAAGCUGGAACAAAAUCCCAUUGUCUGUCAUUGUAUGCGUACUGAUAAGAAAAGGAAGAGAACUGAGCUCACCCAGUUAUCGUUUUACACGUGAAUGUACUCAUAUUACGAGAUUAAUAAUGUACACUCAGCGUCAAAUACUCUGUAGCAGUCAAAGUGGCCAAAUAGUUAGGUAAACCAUACUAAAUAUAUGGUGUACCGAACUAUUUGACUUCUCUGGUUGCUACAAAGUAUUUGACGCUGAGUGUACAAUAAAAUGUGGUAUGUGUUAUGGUUUGUGUUUGUUCAUAGGAAUCUCACCACAAAGAAUAUCAUAGUUGUACGUACCACAUGAUAGUGUAGGUUCGUAGAUACAAUUGGUAUUAGGGUAAAUGGCUUGAAGUUCAUGUAUAACCAGUUGUUCGCGAAAGAGUAUUAAACAUAAAAUGUUUACCAUUAAGUAGGGAGCAUAGUAAAAUUUACUUUGCAUGGUAGGUGAUUGAAGAGUAGUAAGAAUAUUCACAACAAAUUGUUAUGCAUAACUUCAUCUCGUUAAAACACGUGGUAUGAAAAUUAUAUGUAUAUUAUGAAAGUAAGAAUGUGUAUACUUGCUUAUUUGUUAAAUACCUUCAGUGUAUUGUGUGUGAGUUGAAUAUCAAAAUGUACAAUAUCGCAUGGUUAAUAAAUUGAGCGUGAUACAUAGAUUAUAUAGAAGUUCGUUUCCGCGCUUGAAGCCACUUUGUAAUUGUCUUACGUAAAUAUUUAUCCAAUAUAUAAUAUAUUUAAAUUGAA